UCAAACGUCAUUCCGAGAAAUUUUUUGGUUAGGGUUUUAUGUUGGUGGUGCAGUAAUCCAAAAAUAACAUUCAAAAAAGGGCAUUUCUCUGAAUCUCAAAAACAAGCUUACUGUUGACAAAUAAACGUAAAAGACAAGUAUUUGGUAGAGUGAUAAUACGGGUUCUAAGUAUGACGGAAACUACUGACCUAUCUGAACAGAAACUGAUCUCAAAUGGAGCAGCAAAACCAAAAGAAAAACCGGAACUAAAGCAAAAGUCCGGAUUAAUGAAACUUUCGAGCUACGUCCUGGCGCUGAGACCGUGGUCUUUGAGUGCUAGCCUGAUGCCUACGUUACUAGGAUCGACUAUAGCAUACAAGUGCCCUGGUUCUUCGGAUUUCAACUAUAUAACGUUAUUACUAACCCUUUUCACUGUAGUCUCAGUGCACGGGGCUGGUAAUGUUGUAAAUACAUACUUCGAUUACGUUAAGGGAAUCGACAAUCGAAAGUCUGAUGACAGAAUUCUCGUGGACCACAUACUAUCAAAAGACGAGGUAGUCUCCUUAGGCGCCACGCUGUACUUUGCUGGAUGCGUUGGGUUCAUACUACUAGCAAGCUUGUCCCCAGCAAAAAUGGAACAUCUAGCCUUGGUGUACUUUGGAGGUCUAUCGUCGAGUUUCCUCUAUACGGGAGGGAUCGGUUUUAAGUACAUAGCCCUGGGUGAUGUCAUAAUUUUGAUUAUUUUCGGACCCAUUUCGGUACUUUUCGCUUUUAUGUCGCAGACGGGACGUGUGGAAUGGGCGACCAUUUACUACGCCAUCCCCUUGGCUCUGAACACCGAAGCUAUCCUACACAGCAACAACACGAGAGACGCCGAGUCCGAUAAGAAAGUAGGAAUUGUUACUCUGGCCAUUAUUAUCGGACAUACCGCGUCCCACGUCCUGUACGCGUUUCUGCUGUUCACACCCUACAUAAUGUUCAUGGUAGCUUCGUUGAAAUACUCCAAAUGGUUCAUGUUGCCCCUCGUAACGCUACCGGGGGCGUUUAAGAUCGAGAAGCAGUUCAGAUCCAACGAAAUACACAGUGUUCCGAAAAAGACUGCCAAGCUGAAUCUGUUUUUCGGCGUGUUGUACAUCCUCGCCUGUAGUUUGGUUCCCUCGCUGCCGUACGUCACCCAGAGAUAGAUGUUUGACGCUUUACUGAUUUUAUUUAUUUGCAUUAGAUUAUUUUUUAUCGUACUAAAGAAUACUUUACGCUCAUGAUGUGGGGCCCUCUUUUCCAUGAGAAAACCUCAACGGUAGCUUUAACUUGAUCACUUUUCAUUAUGAGACUGGUUCGGGGGAAUUUACAAACUCGAAGGCGAAUCGCCAGUGCAACUUUCUUAUGGAAAUCUGCCUACAUAUAUUACUUAUUUAUUCUAAGUAUACAUUAUUGUAAACUUGUUUACGUGGAUUAUUCAGUUGCAGUUUUGUACCUAAUUUAUAUUUACUGUUAUACUAAGGUUUUUAAGUAAACAUUAUGAGUUUU